ACGAGGUAACUCCGAUCACUACCCCUUCAACUCUCGCGUUUCUCACGUGGUAAAAAGAACUACGAGGAACCCGACAACAUUCUUAAGUGAAAAUUUGGUUCGUUUUGUCCGGGAGAGACCCUUUUUCCUUAAUCAGGAAGAACGACACCGAACUUUGCUUUGACUGCGGCUGCAUCGCCGUAACCACUCGCUCCCCACACCUUCCCCAUACGGCCGAAGAAGAUGAGAAAGGAAGGAUUUUGAGGCAAACCCAUGAAUGGUCCCCGCUCCCCUCUCCGACCCUGCCCCACAUGUUCGCGUCUAACCUCCCGGUCCGACCCUCGACCCCGCCGCGUUGUCUCGCUCAGCCGCCGCCGCCGCCGCAGCAGCAGCAGCGCCGCCUGAGCGAGCGUCCCCGCUUCGAUCGCGAUCGCGGGUCCAAGCUCGUCGGGAGGCUCCGCCUCGGGUGCAGGAGGCUCGCGGCCUCGGUGUAUUGGGGCAAGGUCGACCUGGUGGCGAGGAUGGGCGCCGGGUGCUUCAAGGUCGCGAGGGAGAGCGACAGGGGGGUGAGGGUGGAGUUCGACAGCGGCGGGCAGGACUUCUUCGACGCCGUCGCCGUGGAGGCCGGCGGCGGCGGCGGCGCCCCGGAGCAUCUUGUCAUCAUGGUUAACGGGAUGGUCGGAAGUGCUGAAGAUUGGAGGUUUGCUGCUGAGCAGUUCGUGAAGAAGCUUCCAGAUAAAGUGAUAGUCCAUCGUAGUGAAUGCAACUCGUCGAAGUUGACAUUUGAUGGUGUUGACAUGAUGGGUGAACGAUUGGCAGAAGAGGUAUUGGGUGUUAUCAGGCACAGACCUGGGGUUCGUAAGAUUUCCUUUAUUGCACACUCCUUGGGAGGCCUUGUUGCAAGGUAUGCUAUUGGGAGACUUUAUGAAGAACCUUCACAAUCAGAACUCUGUACUGCUAUUAGGGACCGCCCAAGUGAAGAGCAAUCAAAUCAUCAGAUGGAAGUUCUGGAGCCUCACGAAGCCAAAGUUGCAGGUUUGGAGCCAAUGAAUUUCAUAACAGUUGCUACACCACAUCUUGGGUCAAGAGGGCAUAAACAGCUGCCUUUCCUUUGCGGUCUUCCCUUUUUGGAGAGAAAAGCACCUCAAGCAGCGCAUUUGAUUGUUGGGAGGUCUGGAAAGCAUCUCUUUCUUACUGACGGUGAUGAUGGGAAACCUCCUCUUCUUCUCCAAAUGGUCAAUGAUUCUAAAGAUCUGAAAUUCUUGUCAGCUUUACGCGCUUUCAAACGGCGUGUAGCAUAUGCAAAUGUCAAUUAUGACCAAGUCGUUGGGUGGGGAACAUCAUCAAUCCGGCGUCAACAUGAACUUCCUAAGUCCAGUCUUCUGGUAAAAGAUGAGAGAUACCCUCACAUUGUUUACGUGGAGAAAGAAACUUCUGAGAUGUUUCAAAGGAGAGCGUCUUCUCUGGUGACUGACAAAAGGAUUGAUUUGGAAGAGGAGAUGAUCAGAGGCCUCACGCAGGUGCCUUGGGAGCGUGUAGAUGUCAGCUUUAGCAAAAGCAAACAGCGGUAUUCUGCACAUAAUACAAUCUUGGUGAGGAGUUACAGGCUAAAUUCUGAUGGUGCCGAUGUUGUAUUCCAUAUUAUUGACAACUUUCUUCUAUAGCUUUUAAUGGUCAAUCAUUUGUGCUUCUGGAAAGGGGUUAGGUUUAUCCUCGGGGACAAGAUGUUCAUUGCUAUUAUGAGCUACUCUUCACUUUGGCUUGCUUGCUUCUCUGUUUUUUGUGUAUAUGGUUAUGCCAUCUGUAAUUGUACUUUAAUUCAUUGUUAAUCUUUAGAAAAAUGUAUUCUUUUA